UAUGGCACAGUUACCACUGCUAUCUAAAAGUACAGUGAAAUGCUGCUGAACUCAGGUACAACUGGGAUCUAAAUGCCGUUUCUUAAUCCCAGUUUUCAUUGGUGUCCCUGGAAAUUACACUGGUAUUCCACUGUGAAUUAGUACUGAUGUGUGUGUAACACUGGCAGAAUCAUUAUGUCUGUACUUAAGAAAAGAAAGAAAGCGAUGCGGCCAUAGGUGUGACAUGGAGUCAGGCUGGGGCCAACCACAGCCUGGGGCAGCAAUGGGAGCCCGGCACUGUGGGACUGGGCAUCACUGGGGCGUGGGUUGGCACGGCCAGGAGACCCAGACAGAAGGAUUGGGUGCCAGGAUCAUGUGAUUUUCCAGUGUGAAGCUGACAAAUGCCAUCAGCACAAAGGGCUGUCUGCGUCCAGACUGCUUUAAAUUGGGUUUUAGAGCACCACACUCUAUUGGCAGCAUGGAUGGAAUUCAGAAAAACAGGUUUGUUGGGGCUGGCAGCCGGGAUGCAGGCAGGUAGUGUCUGACAUGGAGAGGUGAUGGGACACCUGUCUGCUCCAUGUAACGCGUGGUGAAACCACAGGCACCCUGUGCCACCAGACAUGGGCCAUGCGUCCUGCGUCUAAAGCCAGCAGAGUUAGUUGGAGGAUGGAGCAGGAGAUGUGUGCUCCUUCCCUCCCAGGUUUCUGCUGACCAGCAGUUGACAUCGUUGUGGUACAUCAGCAUCCCAUCAUGGGCAAUUCUGGGGCUCCUGAUCUGUGGAGGCACAGCACUCAGCGUGCUGUUUGUUGUGUGUAGAGGAGCUCUGCUGUGGCACAAAGUGCCGUGUUUGCCACUCUGACCUGCCCCUCUGCUUAUUUCAAGAUAAACUCAUUUCUGAAAUAGAGAAAAAUUACUGCAGUGGGGGAAAAAGAAAGUAAUUCAUACCUAGAACGUCAUACAUGGGUCACAGUAAGAUUCCUUUAUUCUUGCUGCCAUCCAGAAUUGUCCUGUUGGUUUCGGUGGGCUCUGGCCCAGCAGCUGGGUUUGGUUUCCUUGGCCUGUUUAGGAGCAAUGCUUAUAGUUGCUCCUCAACAGCCCAUAUUUACCUCGGUAUCCUGUUCUCAUUUGCAUUCAUUACAACAGUAGUUAUAAUGAAUCCUCACAUUUUAGGAUUGUAGCUGAUUACCUGCAGGGGUCAGUAAAGAUUUCUUUCCAAAACGCAGUUCCUUAGGAGUGCUGCUCCCCUGCUGCUGUCCCACCGCCCCUCACCUGAGCUCAGCCUGAACGCUGGGCAGUGCAGAUGCUGUCUUUGCAGCUGUUGGUGUGCCCAGCCCUGCUGCGUGGGGAGGGUGAUGUGUGCUUGUCAGAUUUAGGCUUGGGAUAGUUUUCCAAAGAUCGGAACCCUGCAGUUUGUCACCUUCUGAGUGAUGCCUUGCAAACGGGUUACCCACUGGAUGUCUCGUGCAGCCUAGCACCCAGCCUUGUGCGCAUGCUGUGCUCCGUGCUUCAGCAUCCCCUGCUCGUGGCAUAAAGCAGUCCUCACACGGUUGCUAUAGUCUAACCUGGAGUAUCUGCCCCGUGACAUGCAGGGGAUCAGAGCAAAUGAUCUCAUGGUCAUAUCUGCUCUUAAGCUAUGAAACACAAGUAGUCUUAAUGGCUCCCAGGAAACUCUAUCCCUCAGAGCCAGCUGCUUGCUGCCCAUGACAAAUGCUGGGCCCAGCGUUCCUGCUGACCCGUCAGUGCUGGCUUGCUCCUCUUACCUUUCUGCAUUUAAAGUGGAUCUCACAUAACAAAACACCAUAUCCAGCAGCUAUAUUGGCAGCCAAGCAGAGCUCUAUCACAAUUCUUCCAUGUGACCCAGUAGGGUCCAGACCUUUAUUUGUAAAAGGAUCUUUAGGAGAAAAAACAGCAAGGAAAGAGCAAUGAUUCCCAACAGAAGGACCUUUCCCUUUACAUAGAGUCAAACACUCUGUGAAGGAAACAGGCAGGGAUUCUCCUGUGGCAAAAGGACACUCUGCUGCACAGUGAGAUUGUAUCCUUGUGCUGCAUGGCUGCUGUUUAUAUGUCUUAUGUUUUAAUGGCAGCGCACAGAUUUUCUACCUGUAUACUGUUUCCCUCUUGGUAGAUAUACCAUGGAAUACCGGGCAAGCCAUGGCUGUGUCGGGUGGAGUUUUUUAAGAGCAGUGUGGAAAGCCUUAAAUUAUUCAGCAUCCCUCUGAAGUCUCUCUGCUGGACAUCAAAUGUGCAAGGUGUUGUGGAGAGUUUUACAUCAUUUAUUAAUCCCUUCCAAAACCUGGGAGUCUUUUAACUGCAGAAUGUGGUACUUCUGCGUUCUGCAAUAUGUUGGUAACUAAUGCAGUCCCUGAGGUUGAUGUGCUGCUUACUGGCAGCUUCUGCUAUUUGCUACAAACUGCUGGAAGGGUCUUUGAAACUGAUGCUGUCCAGGUACACGUUUAUAAGGGCUGUUCCUGCUUUCUGUGUGCUGCCUGGAGAACCACCACCUCAGUUUGCCUCCAAGCUAUUUAUUAGCCUGUUUUAGUUCUUAGUGGACGGAACAGACAAGACAUCAGAUUUCUGUGGCCUAAGCAGACAGGUGGAAGCUUCUAUUUUCUUACUUUAAGCUGAGGGAAACCCUUGCAGUGAAUAUCCUGUCUCACUGUAGGGCAGGAGAACAGAGCAAAGCCAGGCACUGCAUACAGAGCACUGAGAUGGGUCCCUGAGGCACAGCCCUGGGCAAACACCCCUUUGGGGCAUGAGAACUCACUCAGCAUCCCCUCAUUGUGGCUCCAGGCAUAUUAAUCUUAAAUUAAACAGGUACAGUAUUACAUAUAUAUAUAUAGUAUAUAUAAAUAUUUAAUUAUAUUAUAUAUGUAUGUGUGUAUAUAUAUAAUUGCUGCAUUUUUAAUUUGCUGUUGCCAAGCUCAUGAGACUUCUAGGAGGUGCUGUACAGGUACACAUACAUUCAGGGUAUUCAACCUGAGUCUGCUGUCCGUCCAGUCCAGAUGUUCUCCCGAUGACCUGUGGAGACCAAGGACAGAACAGUGCUUCUGUCUCUGCUCUCUGCUUCUUUUGGAAGUGUUAAGCCUUGCACCUAUCUGAUUGCAGAGACCAGAUUGUGGAAAUGGCUUUGGGUUUUGCUAUGUCUAUGUAGCAGGCCUGCCAAGACAUGGUGACUCCAUGCCAAAAAUAGCAAUUGUAGAUGUGGCCUACACUCACAGGUAUCUUUUUUGCUUUGUGAUAAUAACUGCUUCAUUGUAUUUAGUGCAGUGCAUUCACAAUCAGUGUAACAUGCCCUCUCUGAAAAAGAUGAUCAUUCCUCUUUCAGCCCAGCUCCCACUUUCGCGCCUUGUGGUACCCAUCCUGCUUGCAGUUGGCUGGAUAGUGGGUUGUGCACUGAUGGUUUACAUUGUCUUCUCCUGACAGAAGACAGAAGAAUUUACGAUGACGGUGAUCAGAAGAACUUGAAAGUUAAUUUGGGAUGUCUAAUAACUAAAAUAUGUUUUAAAUUAAUUAUUUUUAAUAUCAACACCGUAGAUAUUGUGUACACCCUUUUUAUCUACAACAACUCUCAUCAGCUCACUCUUCCUUUUGCGAGCAGAUAAAACAAACAGCACAUCUCUUCCCCGCAGCAGCCUGCCCUACAGUCAGGGGUCGGAAGGGACCCCCGGAG